AUGUGGUAUUUUUUCAAUGUUUCCCUAUUAUUUUUGAUUGUUUCGACAACUGUGGCCUAUUCGACAAAUUUGGAAGAGGGUAGGCGUUUUCAGACCCGAUUUUCAGCCAAAAAUCUCAUCAAAAUCAUUUUUCAGAUGAUAGUGAAGAAGUAGGUGGCCGCGUUUUUUUGAUAGUUCCCAUUUCAUCGUCUUCGUCUUCAAUGCAAAGAUUUAUCGAUGACGACGAAAUUCAUCCGAAAAGUUAGUUUGCCACGUGGAUUUUCAGAUUUUUGACUGAAAAUUCGGGUUGGACGCGAAAUUUUGGUCUAGAAUUAUGGUUUUAAGAGAUUUCAACGUGGAGCCUAUGAUGCUCCGGGUUUACACCUCAAAAAUCGUCUUUUCAUUGGAUUUUUGAGAUUUCUCAAACGAUGCUCCAUAUUUACACCUCUAAAAUUAUGAAAAGUAUCAAUUUUCACGUUCGAAACCCUACGAUGCUCCAUUUUUACGGGGAUUUUUGUAGUUAAUUCUAGAAAAUUCCUGAUUUUUGACCAAAAUUGAAUAAAUUCCCCCCGAAAAAACUCCCACUUUGUUUGUGUAAUUUAAGACAUCUUCUUCUUCUUUUCUUCUUCUAUUUUCAACCAUCUCCGGAAAUUAAGAAAUGUGAUGGGAAAUUGAUAGUUUUCUUAUUUUCCUUGAAAAUACAAAGUUCUUUUCUUUUUCCAUGAAAAUCACGAUUGUUUUUCAUUUUUUUCCCGAUUCUUUUUGAAAAGAAAAGGGGAAAGUUGUAAAUUAAGCGGGGGAAAAAGUUCGAAAAUAUGUUUAUACAUUUAUAUAGUUUUUUUCGAGUUGAGCAAGUUUAUUGGAAAACGCUUCAACAAGUUUUAUUAAUUUCCAGAACUCGGUCUGAAAAUUACUAUUUUCAGAUGAGUAAUCAGAAGUUUUCAGACAGGGUGUGAAGCAUCGUUCGAACAGAAAUUCUAGAAUUUUCGCGGUGUAAACACGGAGCAUCGUAAAUUUCUAGGCGAAUCUAUGAGAAAUCAUAGUUUCUGAGGUUUUCAACCGAUGUCCCGUGUUUACAAAGGGAAAAUCCGGGAUUUUUGGAACUUUUUGAGGUGUAAACACGGAGCAUCGUACAUUUCUAGGCGAAUCUAUGGAAAAUCAUAGUUUCUAAGGUUUUCAACCGAUGCUCCAUGUUUACACCAUGAAAAAUUGUAUUUUCAAGUGUAAAUUUCUUGAUUUCACACAAAAACCCCGAAUUUCAGACAUUUUCAACGUAAAACGAGCGAUUCCAUUCAAUGGCGGUAUGUAUGGCAAGCGUUCCGCUGGCGGAAAUGCGCCAUUCCGCAGAUUCUCCGGUGGAAUGUACGGUAAACGAUCAGAUGAUGGAUUCUUGUCGGGAUCCGCCUCUUCACAACCACACUAUGCUCAACGACGCGCCGCAAUUCCGUUUAACGGAGGUGAGCGCGCGAAAUUGUGAUUUUUGAAUUUCGAAAAAUGAUAUUUUUCAAUUUUCCAUGUGUGGGGGAAGGUAAACAAAACGUAAAAGUUCGUUACACUUUGAAUGACGAGUGAAAACAAUUUUCUAAAUUAAAAUGUUGGUGGAAAAUCGCACGAUUCCCCCCAAAUUCACCAAAAAUCUCAUUUUUUGCAGGAAUGUAUGGAAGAUAA